AUGUCGAACUACGCGAAGAUCGCUGCCAACAGCCCGUCCAGGAGCUCGCCCUCCGAGAUCGAGGUCGCCAUCAACAAUGCCCUCGAGGACCUCCAGAACAACAUCCCCGACCUGAGGAGCUCCUUGCGCCCUCUCCAGUUCGUGUCCGCUCGCGAGAUCGAGGUCGGUCACGGACGCAAGGCCAUUGUCAUCUUCGUCCCCGUUCCCCUUCUCCAGGGCUGGCACAAGGUGCAGCAGCGCCUCACCCGUGAGCUCGAGAAGAAGUUCUCCGACCGCCACGUCCUCCUGGUCGCUUCCCGCCGCAUUCUCCCCCGCCCCAAGCGCUCCAACCGCUCGCGCUCCAACCAGACCCAGAAGCGCCCUCGCUCGCGGACUCUCACCGCCGUCCACGACAACAUCCUCACCGACCUCGUCUACCCCGUCGAGAUUGUCGGCAAGCGCCUGCGCACCAAGGAGGACGGCUCCAAGCUCCUCAAGGUUGUGCUCGACGAGAAGGAGCGCGGCGGCGUCGACUACAGGCUCGACACCUACUCCGAGGUUUACAAGCGCCUCACCGGCAAGACCGUCAACUUCGAGUUCCCCCAGAGCGCGUCCACCGACUACUAGAUUGUUGGCGGUGUGUUAGAGCAGGGCUGUGGGCCUUCUUCGUGGGCUAGGAGUACCGGCUUCGGACAUGGCAUGCGUUAUGUGUUCGUAACGAGGCUUCAAAAAUGACAUGACAUGGGGCCCGCAUUAGGGCGUUCAGAUACCACUUCCAAUUGACUUCUUGUGAUCACUUCAGUCGUUUUUCGUGCGGACGUUAUUGACAUGGAAAUACAUCAGAUCCUAUGUGUGGUAUCU